AUCUAGCCGUCUGUUGUUAUAAGAGUCCGACGAUUUUCCCGCUCCGUCGACACUUCUUCCUCCGCCAUUUCGUAAAAGGUUCACCAGAUCUAAGUCGAACUCAUAAAAGCUCUGACAAUGGCGGACGAAAUCGGAUUCUUCCAACUCAACACCGGAGCAAAGAUCCCAUCCGUCGGUCUCGGGACAUGGCAAGCUGCUCCUGGCGUCGUUGGAGACGCUGUCGCCGCCGCUGUGAAGAUUGGAUAUCAGCAUAUUGAUUGUGCUUCAAGAUAUGGCAAUGAAAUUGAGAUUGGGAAAGUUCUGAAGAAGUUGUUUGAUGAUGGCGUAGUGAAGCGUGAGAAGCUGUUCAUCACAUCAAAAAUCUGGUUGACUGAUCUUGAUCCUCCAGAUGUGCAAGAGGCAUUGAAUAGAACUCUACAGGAUCUGCAGCUUGAUUACGUCGAUCUGUAUCUCAUGCACUGGCCUGUUCGGUUGAAGAAAGGCGCUGUUGACUUUAAGCCUGAGAACAUUAUGCCUAUCGAUAUUCCUAGCACAUGGAAAGCAAUGGAAGCACUGUAUGAUUCUGGCAAGGCACGAGCCAUUGGCGUAAGUAAUUUCUCUACAAAGAAACUCUCAGAUCUCGUGGAGGCUGCUCGUGUUCCUCCCACUGUAAACCAGGUGGAAUGUCAUCCUUCAUGGCAACAACAUAAGCUACAUGAGUUCUGCAAGUCCAAAGGGAUACACCUGUCAGGAUAUUCGCCAUUGGGUUCUCCUGGAACAACGUGGGUGAAGGCCGAUGUUCUAAAGAGUCCGGUUAUUGAAACGGUUGCUAAAGAACUCGGGAAGUCCCCCGCACAAACCGCUCUUCGAUGGGGACUUCAAAUGGGUCAUAGUAUACUUCCCAAAAGCACAAAUGAAAAUAGAAUCAGAGAGAAUUUCGAUGUAUUGGGAUGGUCAAUCUCAGAAGAAAUGUUUGACAAGUUUUCCAAGAUAGAACAGGUUAGGUUAGUCCAAGGCACAUCGUUUGUUCAUGAGACAUUGAGUCCUUAUAAGACACUUGAAGAGCUUUGGGAUGGUGAGAUAUGAAUCAUAAGCGUCUUUUGUUGAAUUCUAAAGUUUAACCAUUUUCGUUUGAAGAUGAGAAAACUAUGUUCCACUUUGCUUGUUUACAGGAAAUAAUGUGUAAUUCGUUUCAAUUUUCAA